ACAGAAAACAACAUCACGCGCAGUCUCGGCUCUAGAUGAUGAAGAAGAGGAGGCGAAGGAGGAGGAGGACACAACGUGCGCUGGAGGCGACACCUGUCAAACCGUUACUGAACACAGUUGGUUUAUUUAAAAAGACGGAGGCGCCCUGAGGACUUGGGGGACAAAGCGAGGUGGAAAUAGAGAUUAGUCGCACCUAUUGCCGCUGUUUUGCGCUGAGGGAGAGACACGGACCUCUUUUGAGGAGAAAGAGUGAGAGAGAGAGAGGAAGAGACUGUGUAGUAUUAACGUUAUGACAUGACGUUUUGGAGUUGAAGUAGCGAAGUUGACGUUUGGUUGUUGGCUGACAGCGAGAAGUGAGAGCGAAAGGACGCUGGAGAGGGAAAAACUGGACUUUAUUCGAGAUGGCUGAGCAGAGAAAUCACUCCAACAUGGCGUGGGAGGAUGUUACUCAUAGCUUCAAGGGUGUCAGUCUGUAAAAACCUGCAAUGAAACCUGCCUCACCCUUCCUUAAGGAGCUGCCAACCCACCUAAAAGCCUUCAUCUGUGAGGUUUUCACUGGCUUUUCUGUGUAUCGCCGUCUAAUUACAGUUAUGGAAGGCUUCUGUCCUGUGAAUCAUUUGAAAUCUGAGUUUUCACUUUGCCGUUAAAAAUGAUCAAAUUUUAAUUGAAAGGCUAGGACUUUGGGGAUAGGAGCAACUUCAGUCAGGGAAUAAGAAAACUCAUCAUUAAGGCUGCGUAUCUGUCUAACCCUAAUUGGAGGUAGAGCGGGUGGGUGAAUUAGCUGGGCUCAAGCUCACAGCGAUGUGAAUAUAUUGCAAGGACCCAAGGCCGCAGCCCUCAGAGAGCCCCUAGAGAGAUAAUACAGUUUAUUUACCGCUUAUGCAUAAAAAUCUGUGUGCUGUCUUUGUAGCCCCAUAGUGUGAGGUCUGACUGCUUUAAUUAUUAGCUGCUGUGUUUAAAAUGAAGCCGCCAGCGUUUUCAUUAUUCGCACCAUAUUUAUGCAAAACACCUUCACUCUGGGUGUCGUGUGAGAGUUUGUGUGUGUUUUUGUGCGUGUGUGUGUUAACCAAUCUUCUUCACGUCUCUCAUCUCCACUGCUGUCGUCCCUUUGCAGCUCCCCUCCUAGACUCAAGCCCAUCGCGACCCAACUUCUCCUCCUCCUCUUCUUCUUCUUCUUCUUUUCCCCUCUUCAGCAGCGCUCUCUCUCAAAGUCUUGUUUACUGCCUCCUCUGCCGUUCAUUCUCUCUUUGGAUACCGGCUUCCUCCAGGGCGAAAACUCUAUAGUUCACUUUGUCUCCCUGUCCGCCUCCAUCGACGCUCCCCCUCUUCCAUCUUUCCUCUUUAUCCUCUUCCUUUCAUUCCUUUUUUUUCAUCUUUUCUCUCCCUCUCAACAGAAGGUUUUGGGACCCAUCUAUUGAAAUUUCCCAUUUGCACUGCUUGCCUCUCAGUAGCUUAUCACCGCUGGAGUUUUGUCCUUUUUGCUCAGAAGAAGCAGAGGAGGAGUCGUACAGGGAAGGAAAGAAUGCACAGCAAGAAACAUUUUAACCACACACAGACACAGACGGCAAAGGAUUGAAUUUAGAAAGUUUGUCUUUGAUUUUCACGCUUUACUAACAUCCCACCUAAUAAACCAUCAAUAACCUGGCCUGAAAUGAAUAGACCUGCACAUGAAAGGUAGGGCUGACCCAUAUUAAAGACAUCAAUGCUGAUAGAAUGAGAUUUAUUUCACUAAUCAUAAUGCAACCAAAGAUCCUAUAAUGAAAUUCGGAUGUAGUUCCUUUAUUGUACUAACAAAAUCACGCCAACAAAAUUAUUAGCUUUAUUUUCAUAAGUAUGACAGCUCCCACGUCUACUGCAACAACAGCAGAUACUUCUUUAGAGACACCAGGGUAGCUGUGGCCCUUUAGUACCCCCUGGACUCAGUGCAGACAACUCACCUCGCCAAUAUCACGGACACUUGGCAGAUGGAUGCUGCUGGCUUUAUUAAAAAAAAAUUACACAACAUUUCCUCUAUAUAAGAAUUGCAGACAUGUAGCUAUAAUUGAUAGCUGAUUCAUAAACAAAAGUGAAGUAAAAUAAUGAACUAAAAAUGUAACUAAGUUAAGUUGUGAGUAAACAGUACUCGGCUACUCAGGCUAUACGUUGCCAGAUUAGUUUAGAUUUAUAGCCCUUAAAUCGAUACGAGAUUAAUUAUGUGUACAGACUAUUGUUAAGAUUUUUAAAAAAAACUUAAACCUCUUAAAUUUUGUUGUCAAUAACAUCAUUGUCGGUUUUUGAAAUUUUAAAUCUGUCGGGGGGGGGGGAAAAGAAAAAUCUGUUGGGCAGGUUGCUGGUCUGUUAGGGCCGUUAAUGAUGUUUCCAUUAAUCGUGUUCACUGGUGAGGCGAACUGAAGCCUCAUUGAUGAGUAUUUUCUAUUUCCACUCAGUAUUUUCACAUUAAAGUGCUAAUAAAAGUGCACGAAAACACCUGCUGAGUUUUUUUUAAUUGUGAAGAAAAUUCAGUCUAUUCCACCUGCUCCCAAACCCAGUGACAGCACAACUGAAUUAUGAACCUGAAAUAAAUAUCAUUUAUCCAGUUUGCCACAAACUAUUUUUUUUUACCUUUGCUGAAGGCAGACAACAGGGUUACCUGCACAGCAUUUACUCCCUUAAAGCUUUAGUUAUUGGAUCAUUUUUGAGAUUUUUGAGAAGGAUCAAUACAAUAAAAAAAAAAACUACUGAUACAUUAAAUGCUAUAUAAUUAUAGAUUAAGCUAGCAUAUAUUUAUAUAAAUGUUAAGUAAUUAAGGUGGCUUUUGUUUCUGAGCCAGUAAGAUCCUCAUCUUCCAGUUACGCUGGAGAAAAAAAUAUGUUAGUGUAUGUUGUACCUUGCAUAUGGUGUUUUAAGAUAACUUAAAUACUUUUUUUUUUUUAAAUGGCUAAAUUUCAACUUUAAUUAGUAUCAACAAAUGUGAUGGGGCAUACAAAACGUAUACACCACCAAGGCAUACACCAAGACAGUCAAGCAGUUAUGCAAAGAUCCAACGUUUAUUAUCUUGCCUUGUAAAUUUCUGUCCAAAGUAUAUUCUGAAGGAUAAACUGGAAAUAACGCACCAUUUCGGCCACAUAUCCUCUCAGGCGUGAGGGGAUAGCCCCCGCUCAGCACAGCCACACACGCCUGAGGUUGGACCAGUCCAGACAGCUAGCAUAAUUUGUCCCCUUAAUGAUGCUGGUGGCUUUUCCAUCUUUGGCCUGUGGCGAUAACAAUGUGACGAACGUGAUUGAUCUGUGGAGUUUUCAUCAUUUAUGAAACUCCUACAAAUGGCAAGUUAUCCAUUUGCAUCACUACUAAACCACGAUAACUCAAAAAUCACACUCAAUUUAUCGUCUGUAAAUAAAAAACAAAGAUAGAUAAACUUAAAGCUGGGGGUUUUUGUUUGGUUUUUUUCAAAGUUAAUCUAGAGGUGUUGAAACUUUAGCAGAAAACUGCUUCAUUUACAUAACAAUAACUUUACCCAUCUGUUGUAAUAAUGCAAAAAGUUUAGUUUUACUUAACAAAGAGAGAAAAUCGAAGAUAAAGAAAGAAAGGGAGAGACCAAAAAAAUGUAGAAACAUGUAAAUAGCAAACAGUAGGAGAAGGUGUUAAAGGGGAUGGAUGUCAGAGAAAAAAAAAACUGUUUGAAAACCUUUUGAAUAAUCUACAGAUGCUCCUUAACACCUUCCAGCAUCCUGAAGCAGUCAGCCAAGUGUAUAAGCAAAUUCAGAGCUAAUUGACCUCAACACUAUUCUGAGUGAGAGGAGGGAGAUGGAGGGAAGCAGGCGGAGACAGAAACAGAGUUUGUACUGUGGUAUGAACUGCCUUGAAGAGUAAGUGGGAGGUAGUGUUGUCACAGUGCAUAAUGGUGCUGCUUUCGUUAUCACUGGCAACGAGGAGAAAAGAAUAGAGAGCUGAUGCGUUUGUGUGUCAGCGAGAAAGUCAGUCCACAGGCCAAAAGAGCAAGAAGAGAGACUGAGAGGGUGACGGUGUCGACGUUCGUUUCAGAAAGUGUGGAAAAGAUCUGGAGAACUUUGUGUGUUUGUGUGUCUGUGUGUUUCAGAGGCAUCCAUUUUAGGGGAGCAGCUGGGUGGUGCGUAAACCACCCAAGCACUGAUCUGCUUUAAGAAGCUGAUCUUACCCAGUCACUGUGUUAAACACAUUUGUCUUGACAUUUAUCAGAAGUGUGACAUUUUUUCCCCUUCUCCAUGUGUGCAACGACAAACGUGUUGUAAUUUUCAGAGCACUGCUUCACAUUCCUGCAGUUAUGCAGUGAGGGAUUCAGUCCUCAGCUUGAAAUGGCCAAAACAAAAAGCAGCACAAAGAAAGACUGACGUUUCACCGAUUUCAUUUUGCAACAACAGAAGAAGAAACAAAGAAAAUAUAAGUUUUGUUACACAAGAGAAAUCAACUAUGUAAGCAAUAAAAUUGAGAUUUUCAUUAUUGUCACGCAUAAACUCUUGUAUCACAGCGCUAAACUACUACACUUGGAUCUCUGUACAAACAUUUUGUUCCAUUUCUGAGUGAAUGAAACAAGUCAAUUUCAUGUUAUUGCUGAACCUUCUGAAUUUUAGUUACAUUUUGUACCUCAUAUCUGGAAAAUGUCCUAAAAAGCUCCAGUCUGUGACUCAGUCUCACUAAAGUAAAAGAGAGGAUGGUAACUUCCUGCCUUUAGAGGAAAAUCUGUAAUUGUCGGGUGACUGCGUCAGAUUUUCUUUGCUGUCGGAAACCAAUUGCAAAUCGCUGCGGCAGCCACUUUUGAUCACAAGGUGUUUGCACAGGUCGCUAAACAAUCACAGUCCAACUUAGACUCUCAGACAGACCAUCACCAUCUGUACAUGUUUAUUAUGGUUUUAUCUAACUGAAAGUUGUAAAUAUUGCUUGUGCAUUACUAAUGUAAAAGCCCAACAAGGGACAAGUGCUGGAAAUUAGUAGCAGACUUAAAUUCGAUGUGCAGCACACCAGUUUUAUGUGCUCUGUUCUGGAAUUACGUUAGACUGCAUUUUCCCUUUCAAAUAAAUACAUUGAACUGAACUGAUCCAGUACAUUGCAGUCAAUCCGAGUUCAAUGAAAGUAUCUGCCACACAUAUCUACAGGAGGCUCGACUCAGUGGGUUGCCAGCUAGUUGUAUUCUGGUUGUAUUCCUGCAUAAACUGUCGUCCUGCAGCAGCUAGGUCACUAUUUGUGGAGCAGUUUCUGAAUUUCCGGUAGUUAAUAUGAAAUUUAAUAUCUGACAAUAACACAUUUGCAACACUGACGGCAACAGAUUUGCCAUAUUUGCUGUAUUAAUAACAGCUAAUCACCAUAUUAUCACAAACAGAUUCCACGUAAUUGUUUGUGACCCCAUUCGAUCUCAGACUGGAGACUGACUCAGAGAUUUUAAGUUCAUUGUAUACGGUCACAAUAAUUUCUGUCAUGUUGUGGUCUCUAACCGCUAUUUUCCCCAAGUGUGACUGCAGCAUUAGGCAAUGCAAGUCCACAUUUCAUCUAUUCAGACUAGGGAUGCCCACCAAGCUUUGCAUCAAGCCAGUAAUGGACUUCCAAUAUUACUAGGGGAGGCUUUUUUCUUUUAUUUCUAAAUUUCUUUUUUUAGAUGAAUUUGGGAGAAGGAGGAGGUAGAUUUGAAUCAUUCUAAUGUCAAUAAACGAUCCUCAUUAUUACAAAUACAACACUAUUGGAGGUAACGCUUUUUAAAAUAAAGAGUGCUUUCCCUCAAUAGAAGCGCAUACAUCGCCAUGUAAUCCUCAGCAAAUGCACUAAUUAUUUGCAGUUUUAAAGAUGUUCUUCUUCAGUACAAACAAAUGGGCUUUGGGCUGAGAGCCGCAGGCAGUUUAAGGAGGUCAGGAAGCAUUGAGGGGCAGACUAACACUGUAUUGGUUUUCUUUUCUUUUUUAAGGAAAGUGUUGUCAAAAGGAUAAUAUUUCAAAAAUAACUCCAGCCUCAACUGCUUGCCCUUUGUGCUCACUGCAACUAAUCGAUGAGAAGUCCGUGUAGAAAUUAGCAGCAAAAAUAGAGCCAACCCCAAGUGUGUGCAUUACAACCAACUGUCAAAGUAACGCCAGAUCAGAAAAAAUAUACUGUAUUGAGCCUUUCCCUCCCGUUAGAUGUUUGCUGAUUAUUCCUGCUUUGUCGCUUCCCUCAUCUCUCUCCCUCUCCGCCCCUCCCUCUCAUGCUAAAUGGAAGCUGUGUGUUGCUGCGUUAGAAAGCUAGUCACAUCCCUCUCGCUCUUCUUUUUAGCUCCUCUUAGAGUCUCUCCCUCUCUCUCCCCCUCUAUCUUUUUCAUUUCCCACCUCUACCUUUCUCUCUGUCUAUCCUUGACACGCUCUCUGUCUUUUUCUUUCCCGCUCAGCUCCCUCCAGCCUUCGUUCUGUCCACGCCGACACCCUCGACUGAUUCUGCCGGAGUCAUGGCCUUCGGAGCCUGACAAGAAUUCAGCGCCUGUGUUUGUGCAAGUGUGUGUGCGCGUUUGCGUGCGGGGGUGUAUCUGUGUCUUCAAGCAUCGAUGAAAUAUGAGCUGUUAAAUAUGAAUGCUGGGUUGUGUUCUGAUGCCAUACAGUCAUGUCACUCAUGCAUGGAGUAGUUGUAAAAAACGUGCGUGUGCAUAAACACUUACACGCUGCAUUCAUUGUGUAUGACAAGUAACUGCGGAGCUUCUGUGGUAUUACUCUGCAUCACAUUUGCUAUCCAUUUGUCUGAUACUUGCCACACAAACACACACACAGAGGCAGGGCCUGGAUUCAGGCUUCACUGACUUUAAACCUUGCACAGGCUGACAGUAAUUUCUGCCUCCAAAUUACAUUCCAAUGGCUUCAUAAAUCUGCUGCCUCCUCCUCUGCCUCUUUCUCUUUCCCCCAUCUUCCUGCUUCUCUAUCUUCCCCUCUUCUCUGCCGUCCCUGCUCUCUUUCUCCCUUUUACUCCAGCCUCACUUCAUUUUUUUUCCCUGUAUAAACCUAUACCCUCCUCACCUCCCUCUCCGCCUCAAUUUCACCAUCUCUCAUUCUCCUCCCCCUCCUAUCACUUGUUUUCUCGUUUCCCCACACUCCUUCUCACUGGCGCUGGCUCAGUAAAUGAGAAACGGGGAGGCAGAGAUGGGGAGGUUACGUGUGUGGGGUAGUUAAACAGUCACACACUCACACACAUAAAUCCAUACAGAUGCAUACACACAGCUAACACAGACGUACACGCUCACGCGUGUGCUCACAUGGGCACGCCGAGAGAACUCAGUAUGUAAAUACUCAUGUGCGCAAGCACACAACCGCAGUCAAAACAUCAUAAACAGCACAUUACCCUUUGAUUGAAAGACGAGCAGUUGUGUUGCCAUAUAUUUGCCGUGUCUCUAAAUUGACUUGGGUCUGCGCACACGCAUUUAAAUGCACACACAUGUGGACACGGUUUUAAUGAGAGUGUUCAUUUUACUGAUAGCGCCUCUAGGUGAAAUAAUUGCCAGUGUUGGGCCCUGAUGGCUAGUCCAAGUGUUCUCAGGCCAGUUGUCUUUAUUGGCCAUGGCGGGCCGCAAACACACCCCUCAUCUCCCCAACUGCCGCUUUAACGGCUGCUCUGCUGCAGCCAGCGCACGCUUGCAAUGAAUACAUGGCCUUAAUAUGCAUAAGCACACAAUGUAGACACCAAGUUACACAUUAAUACUAAAACACACACAUACACGCGCGCCCAGGCGGAGGCCAGCAGAGAACAAUAGGCCGUCUGACAAUGGGGCUCAGAGGAAUUCUCUUUUCCAUAUUAAUAUUCAGCAGAGUGGAUAUGGAGAGAGUGUGUGUCAGCAGGGACACAUGCUCAUCAACCUCGCUAACACUGGGGUUAGACAGCCACAUGAUUACAAAGUACUCAGACUUUGGUCCCCAGCCCCGCAACUAUUAAUCCCUAACUCCUACUUCCUCACUUCCUCUGUCCUAGCUCACUCCGGCGCACAGAGCGAGCAAACUGCCAAGUAUCACAGCUGUCACUUUUCUUUCCUUUCCAUUUUCCCAAUUAUUCUGAUCAGCCUGAUGGAGCAAAGGGUGGAUGGAAAUGGAGAUUUGAUAUCGUCAAUUUCCUGCCACCCCCACUACAGUGUGUCAGAUUUGUGACAGUGCAGCUAGAAGGUCAUCUGGAGGAGGAUUUGGAAAAGGUUUUGAGGUUGUUGUUGUUGUUUUUUUAUCAUGCUACUUAGCCUCAAUGUCACCAUUUCCUCUUUCUGAACCUCAUGUCAGUACAAAUGAAUAUGCCAGCAAAAACAGCUGUAGUACCACUCGUUAUAGCUUCCAACCGCAAAUCGUACAAGGUGACCACUAACAAUGCACAUGCGAAUGCUCUGGCUGUAUUCAUGCACAUAUGUUACCACCAUCUGUACAUCUGUAGUCACACGAAUCAUUUUACUGUUCAUCUGUACACUUUAACAUAAAAGUAUCCACAACGUAAAAAGAUUUGUUUUGUUGUAGUCUUCAGUCGCUCUGAGCUCAGAUGUGGAUUCAGUAUCUGUACAGAAUCACACUUAUUGGUUUAUGCAGUUUUAUUAUCUCUAGCCUUCUUUAUAAGCCUCUGCACCAAACAAAGAAAAAUAAAACACUAAUAUCUGCUUAUUACUACACAAAGGAAAGAGGAGUGAGAGCGUCUGAACAGCACAGAUGCCACAGUGAAAGUCACAUACUGUUGCCUGCCUGUAGGCUACACAGUUGUUGUAGACUGGCUCACAAGAGCUGAGUGACUUCUGUCCCCCUGAGGAACGAGAUGUUCUCUCCGGUCUCUGUUAUGCAAAAAGACAAAAAAAAAAAAAAAUCGAGUACAACAGAAAAGACAUGGAGUGAAGGGUCAGUCAGAAAUGUUUUUGACCUCAGCACACGAUAUGGAUUACUGCUUUCUUUUUAACUGCUUCUUUGUUUCAGUGACAGUGUGACAUGUUAUGUAAAGAGGAUGAUAUAACAUUAGAAGAAAUAAUAUUACGAUAGCAGACAUCAGUUUGCUUUCUAUAUAUAACCUUUCUACAGGCGAAAAGCUGAGGAAAUAAAGCGUAAUUGUAAAUUUAGUAAACUGCAACCUAAAACCUAUAUUAACACAGCGCCACCCACUUAACCUACAAACUUCUGGUGUACAAGGGGGUAGCUAGUUAGAAGAAAAAUAGCUAAAAGGGAAAGAAUGUAAGCUGCACCACAGCUUAGCACAAGAUAAUUUGGGCUUACUUGACCUCUCAGUAGAGUCCCAGAAUGAAAAUAUGGAACUGGAAAUGAGCAUAUCAGAUAUGGUUUGAAGUGUUUUAUCCAACAAAUGGUCCUAAACUCAAAAUCUGCUAUCAGUUAAGAUUAAGAAAAGAUAAUAAUUGUUCCCCCUUUGCAAGCUAUAGCCUCCACCUUGUUUUAAAUUAACCUUUUGACUAAUCAGCUAAGGCGUGUUUCAUCCAGAGACUAGUUGUAGACCACCUGGCAACUACCGGUUGCUAGGGAAAAACAAAUGCUCCCAGAAUAGUUGCAAGUAGUUGCUGGCAGUCAUUCUAAAAUCUACUGCCAAAUCCUAGUCAACAGGGUCACCAGUCAGUGACCCCAUGAUAACCGCCAUCAACAACAGAAAAAUGUGCAUUCAUCAACUGAUUGGGGAGUGGUUGCAGACCAAGAAGAAAAGCGAUAUGCAAACCUGACACUAGACACCUUCGCCUUCAAAGAAAACGCAGUCCCUUUUGAAACAUGAUGGUUAUUUCAGUAAGGUAGAACUUGUUAUUUAACGUUCGCUUACUUGUUUUCGUCAGACCUUUUCAACCUUCACUAUCACUCGAAGAGUAGUUUUCAUUUUUCCAUUUUCAUUGCCUGAUAUUGAAGGUCUGAUCCCACCUCAUAUCAUUCAAUGACUUAACAGUGAAACAGCUGACCUCUCUUUUCUAUCAUACUUUUAUAUUCUACCACUAAUUAGUGCAUUUCUAGAAAAUGUUUACAUCAGAGGAAUGAAACCACAUGAAAGAGGAAAUAAACUAAAACACUUGAACUUCUUUAUCAUUGUGACUCCAUGUCAAAGUGUGUCCAUUCGUGUUUUGUGUAACAUCUUUCUACAAGGUUAUUUUUAGACGGAUUUCCUUUGAAAAGUGCUGCAAUUUCCCUAAUGUUCUCAAGCAGUUAUGGCUAACAAAAGUCAUUACCUUGGUGAAACUUUCUCUAAUCUUCCUCAAAACUCUGACAAACAGCCGUUUUCAUACUCUGCCAAAUGACUAGCAUGUACUUUGCCUCCAAGCUCCUUGCUCUGAUAGAUGCUCCUUAUGUCUGCCGUCCUCCCAUCACACUCCCACUAGUUAGGCUUGCUUCCAUCAAAAAAAGUUUUAAGGACAGUCUUGACAUCACACAGAUAGAGCUUCACAUAUUGAUGUCUAAUGACCAAUGGCAGUGAGCUGUGGAGAUGCUGCUGAUGCUCAAUAGUCACUUCUUGUCCAGUGCGGGCAGACGUUUUGCCUGCAGUAUGCAAAGAUUAGUGCCGAGUCUAAGAGUAGUUGGCUCAGAAAUUAUAGCUAAUUAAAGCGACUAGCUUUAAAAUGACAGUUCACGUUAUUAAAGGUGACAUCUGCUGUUAAUACGUGACUGAUGACAUCCAAUUAGUGUUUAUUUUUGUAGCUACUUUAAAGUCCAAAAAUGCAAACUGUUAGACCUUAACAAAUUACAAAUGAACUGAAUAACAAUGAGUACCGCACCAAGUCCUUGCUUAGACCAUUAUCUCAUUUCUCCUUAAUGCCAAUAACAAAGUCGACACAUUUGGCAAAAACACUGCCUCUUUAUCAUUCUGCCCCACGUCGCUUGAUUUUCAUUAUGCGAGUUAGCCACAGUCUGCACAUAUGAAUAAGUUUACUAGGCAUCAACUGGAUAUCAAUCUGAAGACGUCCUAUAAAAAGGAUCAUUUAUCUCGCCAAACACCUCACUGAACUGCACAUCCAGUUUCCAUCUGUGGAACCAGUUACAUCACAUGGGAAACAAAAACUUGUACACCAUCGCCCUGAGUGCACAGCUUUUAACAGCCCUCGAGGAUGUACAGGAGUACAGACAUAAGCCUGUUGACCAAGUUCUUCUCAGCUGCAGCGCGUGUCCUUUGAAAAUGAAAAUGAGGACGCCUUUAUUUGUCUCUAUUUGUGUUUAAGCAAACUGGAUGAUAAUUUCCCAGUUGGCGAUGUAGUCUACUUACUUUGGGAUGAAGUGAAGAGGCGAAUGUGAGCAGCAGAGCAGUUAAUGGCCUUGAUGAAUUUGUCUCUGUACACUCAGUAUGCCUGAUGAAAACCUUAUAUCUCUAAAACCAGUGUUCACUGGGGGUUUGAUUCUGCACAUAAGAUACAGGCACUUAGUGCGUGAUGGUUAAUAAAAGCUCAAAAGAUUUGUCUGAAGAGAAAAAACAUAAAAAAAACACAGAUAUAAAAUAUGGAGUUACCUUAAUGGGAGGUUUGUGUCUACUGGGAGCACAGUGCUGUGCAUAUGCAGUGGUGACCUUCAGGAAGUAUUUUCACGAGGUACUUAAUUUUAAGAGGUAUAACCAUUCAGAUGGGGAUAAUUAUUUAGCCUGUACCUUUUAGGAUUCUGUAUUGUGCCAACAUUAAGACUCAACAGCACAUGGUGGCAUCAUUUACACAAAACAGGUGUAACAAAUGAAGAUAUAUUAGAAGACGUUUCAUUUACGGCACAUUAAGCAUUAAGCCAAUAUUUAAAAUAUUCUUUUUGUGGAAAUAUAAUAAACUCUAUGAUCAUUACCACAACAGAUUUAUGAGAACAAUUCCCCUUUAUUAACCAGAAUCCAUUUCUUUAAAUUAGUUUAAGGUUGGUGAUUUUAAACUGGCCAUAUGUCUAAGUGUGAAUGGUUUUCUGUCUCUCUGUGUCCUGUGAUAGAGUGGUUAUUACCCCACCUCUCACCCAAAAACAGCUGUGACAAGCUCCAGUGGUUAAGAAAAUGAAGCUUUUAACAUCGCUUAAAAUAAGAGUUAAAAACUACAAGCCGACUCAAACUUAAGAGGCUUUCGUUAAAAUGUAGAUACACGAAUGACUUAAAGUGACUCGCUUGGCCCCAAAGCCAACGACAUAAUGUAUUUUAUGCAGCUUCUAAGACACGUUACUUCAGAAGACUCAGUCUUAAUUCUUGGCACAUCUUGAAAUAUUUUAGCAUAACUUCUGCAAGUGUCACCAUCAUCAUUAUCACGCGGCUCACUUAUUUUGAUUAAGCUGUAUUUAUGCAGCUACAUUUGUUGUGCAUGCAUUUGCAUGUUACAUUUUGAAACAAAAGGCUUGUAGACAGCACUGUCCAUCCAUCCAUCUUUUGAAGCGAUCUUCCAUCAAAAUCUGUGCCACGUCUCUCUGGCUCUCUAUUAUAAUGUCUCUGGUUCCAUUAGCAUCAUACAGUAAUCCAAAAUUUGUAAAGAGUGUCGUGAACUGAAUCAGUGACCUUUAAUCCUCCUUGUUGUGCACUCUCUUUUCACGUCUGAUGUGUUACAAAUGGCCCAUUGUAUCAGACAGAUUUUACCUCGUUGCUCAAAUGCAUCUCCAAAUGAAGCCUCUAAUACUACUCUCGCCUGCUGUCUCUUUUCAGGUCGGCGCUCACUAACACUCAGCCAGCUGUCCUGCUGAAGUCGACACCAGUGAAGUCUACCUUCAGGAUACAAAGGCUGUCCAUUUCCACCAACUCUUCACACUGAGCCAGCCCAUCACAGCACUCCUUAAAGCGGACGGUAUACAAUACAUGCUGUCAUCUGGCUUUGCUGAAGAUGAUCUGUGUGAACUGAGAAGGAAGUGAUCAAACAUUUAACAGAGGAGAGAGUGCUUGAAACUGAGGGAGAAGGAGAAAGGAGCUUUUCCCUUGAAUCCUGCUCAUACAGUCGGCACUCUUACUGAGGCCAGCCUGUCCAUCACUGCCUUAAAAAGUGCUCAUUACUAUCACUGAACCGUGAAGUGCAUGUUGUAAUAAUUGUUAUAGUACAGCUCUAAUAACAGAUCAAGGACACUUUGUUGGAUUUUUCCGAGCUGUGAAAAGCGUACUUAUUCUCAUUUUCCUCGCGCCGAUCAUCUAUUAAAACCACUACCUGUCUAUUUGAAGCAAGUGCCGCUCGGUACAGUACUAUUUUUGCAUGACCCACUGCCUGCAUGAGUAACCGGGGUCGCUUUUGACUUCGAAGAAGGACCCUUGAGCCCACAACCAUCUUCUGACUGUCUGCCCAACUGUAGCAUUUGAGUGUGGGGGGGGGGGGCUGUUUCAGAAUUAGGCCUCUGGACACUUGCUGAAGAUGACUUGAGUUGGCAGGCCUAAAAGCCCCUUACCAAGAGAGAGAGAAUUUGACAGCAGGACACACACACACACACACACAAAGAAGACACAAAUGUGGAUGCCGAGGCGGCUUUGAGCCAUGCUGGUGUUGCUACUUGUGGAGCCCUGGAGUACAGACUAUCAUCAUCCCUAUCAUCAUUCACCCAAGCUGAGGAAGAUUCAACGGCCCGAAGGAAAGAGGCUACACUUCUGAACGAUUCGAAGGAGACUGUGAAAUUGUGCUAACACGCAGAGAUCCACAGCAACAUCCUCAAUAACCCAUAUAAACACUAAUACUCCCCUCCACAAAUCCUUGAUAGAGAAAAACAAGGCUGCGGUGGGCGUGAAAGGCACAGACACUGAACAGGAGCUGUGCGCCACCAUGGCAGCUGAGAGUGUUGCAGAACUCCGCGAUUGGCUCUUCCUGCUCCUCCUGUGCCUCACCUUAUUGGCUGAGGUGCUGGAACUGGCGGCAGCGGCAAUUGCCAUGGAGACGGGAGAGGGAGACGAGGGCAUAGUUUGCCCCUCGGUUUGCCGCUGCGACGAGGGUUUUGUCUACUGCAAUGACCGUGGCCUCAGCAUUAUUCCUCCGCUGCCGUUAACGGCUGCCAUCCUGUACUUACAGAGCAACCGCCUGAGUAACGCCGGGCUGCCACCGUCGCUGGAACGCAGCACUUCCAUACGAGUGAUUUACCUGUAUGCCAACCAGUUGGAUGAAUUUCCUAUACACCUCCCGCCUUCAUUACGGGAGCUCCAUUUGCAGGAUAAUAAUAUACGAACGUUACCGCGGUCGGCUCUUGCCAAGUUACCAUUACUAGAACGUUUGCACCUGGAUGAUAACUCCAUAUCCACAGUUAGCAUCCAGGACCGAGCCUUUUCUGGGACCCCACGGCUUCGACUGCUGUUUCUGUCUCGGAACCACCUGUCAAGCAUCCCCGCAGGCCUGCCAACAUCCUUGGAAGAGUUGCGACUGGAUGACAACAGAAUCAGCACCAUCCCUACCCAUGCCUUCCGUGGGCUCUCCUCCCUGAGACGCUUGGUCCUGGACGGGAACCUGCUGGCCAACACACGCAUAGCAGAUGACACCUUUUCUCGUCUUUCCAACCUGACUGAGCUUUCACUGGUCAGGAACGCUCUGCAGUCUCCACCUGCCAACCUGCCUUCAGCUCACCUUGUGCGACUCCAUUUGCAAGACAAUGGAAUGACCCACAUCUCGAGGGGGGCGCUAGAUGGGAUGCGGCGGCUGCAGAGGCUGGACCUGUCGGGGAAUAAUCUCACCACUCUGCCCCGGGGACUUUUUAAGGACACAGAAAGCCUGGAGCUGCUACUGCUGCGAGGAAACCCCUGGUACUGCGGCUGCAACCUUCGCUGGCUCCAUGCCUGGCUGCACGGUCGGGGGGCGGCGGUUACAGUUAGGGGUCUAACCUGUCAGGGGCCUGAGCCUGUAAGGGGUCAGGCCCUUAGAGACCUAACUUCUCUGAUGGAGCAGUGUGAAGGUCCCCCUCCUGUUCCUAAUACUGGAAUAGGGAUGAACCCAGCAGACAAAGAUGGAGGAGGUGAAGAUGGUGUUGGAGGGGGUCAAGCAGUGGCUUCAGUCCCCCAUGGCAGCACCACCACUACCUCUCUCCUCAUCCCCACACAGGGUUCUCUUUUCACCCUGCGAGCUAAGCGGCCAGGCCUAGUUAUGCCUCUGCCCCCAGGUGAAGGAGGGCACGUAUCUGGAGAGGCACUGGAGCUGACUGUAAAACCUCUCUCUUCAGACAGCGUGCUGGUGAGUUGGCUUUGUCCAGAGCCGGCACCCUCCUUCCGCCUGUCGUGGCUGAGGCUGGGCAGCAGUGCAGCUCUCGGUUCAAUAACAGAGACUUUGGUACCUGGAGAAAGGAGGCAGUAUCUUCUAACCCAGCUCACCCCACGCUCCCAUUACCUCAUCUGCCUGCUGCCAUUACGACAGGAAACUUCCUUUGGGAGCCCCAGCAUGGGUUCGUCUCGAGCUGUCAGCACGGACACGGACAGUAAAGACUCAGCCCCGGCCUGUGCACAGAUAGAGACUGGAGAUGCUCUGGCACACUCAGGAGAAGAGGGCUCAGAUAAAAAGGGACGAGACUCAGAAUUAACAGCCCUGCCACUGGCUGGGAUUAUUGGGGGUGCCACAGCAUUAGUGAGCCUUCUGUUAAUCUUUGGCAUCUUCUGCUGGUAUGGACAGAGAUCAGGUUACAUAUCCGGGGACUCGGGGUCAUACAACAGGGGUCGGGGAGGAAAACAUUAUGAUGACUAUGUAGAGUCAGGCACCAAGAAAGACACUUCCAUCUUAGAGAUCAGGGCCCCUCCUGCAGGGUUUCAGAUGACAGCUAUGGCCCAUCAGCCUGUUCAGCCUAAGCUGGAGGAUGUCACCUACAUCCACACCAUUUUCCCCUCCUCCUCCUCCUCUUCCUCCCAAGCUAACGGGACCUACCGGAGCAGUCACGGAGCUGGCAGCCUAAAUGGCACCAUCCUCAGCCAAACCAGCCACCAUCGUGUUACAUAUGGCACCAACCGUGGCUACAGAGAGGGUGGCAUCCCUGACAUAGAUUAUGCCUACACGUGAUGAUACAGGGACGCACUCCCUGAGCCACGAAAGCCCUGUUGGCUAGUGGUUAUUUUGUCCUUGGUUUCCAAAGUACCCUCUGUGCCUCUGCUGGUUCAAUUCUGAUUGGUUUGUUAAGUAGAGAAUUUCUGCUAUGUUAAUUGGACAAUUGCUAGAGUGACAGAAGUGUAAGUCCUACUAUACUCUUCUACUGUAUAAAUACAAUUUAUAGUAGGCCCUUCUUUCAGCGCUUCUUAUAAAUGGUUACAGUUUCUCUUUUGGAUAUCUCAGUGUCUUUCAAACCUACUGUUCUUCUCAGCUAAUGAUAAUACACAGUAAAUUAUUUGAGGUUGAUAUACUAGGCUUAGCUGAUUUAGAAGGAGAUAUAUUUAUAAUAUGGGGAAAAGGCACUUGAUGUGUAUAGAGAUAGGUCUCAAAUCUUCCAACCAACUGUAAGCUUUGUGCUGUAUAGAUAAAAGGGAUGACAGAGGAAGAAAUCAAUGGUUGUUAUAACCCACAGAUGACAAUGCAUCAUGGUUGACAUGAAAAGAUGUGUUCCAAGCCCCUUCCUUUCCUCUGGUUUAUUCCCCUCCUUUUUAAUUUUUUCCUCCUUUCCGCCUCUUUUUUUUUUCUUUUUUUUCAGCUGAGGCUCUUUCCUUUUAUUUCUCUUGUGUCUUUUGUGGUGCUGUGAGCAGAGGACGACUUUGUUCUCGCCAAGGGAGCUGACAGCAGUGAUAACAGUUCUGACAGAGACGAGAGACACAAACCACAGCACGAGGAGACUAAUGAGAGUGAGAGAGAGAGCAUGUGUUUGGGUGGGGGUGAUGGAUGGAUGGAUGGAUGGAUGGAUGGAUGGAUGGAUGGAGAAAACAUCAAAGGAGAUGAGGAAAAAAAGAGGGUGCGGAGCUGUGUUGGGGGGAAUGUAGACGCAGAGAGAGGUGUGUUGGCUUCAGGCAAAGAGCGAGGACAGAAAAGGGGAGCUAAGUGGAAAAAAGGGCGUGUGACAAAUGCAGCAGCAGGAGGUAAAAAAGCACACAAAGAGAAAAAAAGGUGGGGGAUCAAGAAGGGAGUGGGUGGUUAAAGAAGAGGGUUGACAACUGGAAUAAUGUGACAUCAUAGUCCAAAAAAGAAGAGGAAAAAAAAAGAAUUAAGUUUUUGCCCACAGUGUACCCACUGCACUCAGCACAUGCCGAGUGAUAACAGAGUGCAUGCUUCCUUCAAGGACUGUUUUCAGGUGCCUGUGAUCAUUGAAAUUCAAAGAUGAAUUUAACAUUUCUCGGUAGUUACCUUUCACCUCGUGUAUCUUUUUUUUAAAUAAACAGCACAUUUCAGGAUUUUAAAAACAUCGGUAGGACAACACCAAGGACAAGAAGCACGGCGAGACAAUCUGAGUAAAAAAUACACUGAUUGCCAAGACCACAGGACAACAGACAAGCCUGACAAGAACGACUAUUAUUGUAAAAAAAAAAAAAGAAGAAGAAGAAGAAAAAUAACUUCAUCUUGGAAUUUCAGCACUGCAUGUACCCAGUUUUUAUUGUGGUCUGGUGUCAUUAUUAAAUUAUCUUUGCAAAUGAAGUGAAAGAAUCCUAAUCACACAUCUUAUUAUAGUAACCCAUUAUCUUCUAGAGGAUGGCUAAACCUUCUUAAUUAAAAAUAAGUUUUAGCAGCUGACACUUUUUUUGGUGGAAGUUGGAACGGCACUGGUCUGAUUACUCUUUGUUAAAAUCCACUCUUAACAAAUCUAUUCGACUACAGCGGGGGAAAAAUAUUUUUCUCUGUGUUUAUUUAAAAAGAGAGUAAGAAUGAUUUGUAUAUAAAGACCUCUAUUAGUGGCUUACAAUAUAUAUUGAUUGACUACAGCAAAAAUACCAGACAGGAAUCAGGAAUCAGUUAAAAACACCUGACCAAACUGUAAAACUCCCAAAAUUAAAAAUUUUAAUAUUUUAUCUCUCUGUGUAAACAAAUGCCAAAUGUUUCCCUGUUGCAGCUUCCCAAUUUUAAGUAUUUGCAGUUUUUCUCAGUCUUAUUACUCAGUAAAUUGAAAAUCUUUAUCUCUUUUUACUGUUAGUUAAAUGAACCAAGCAGUUCAAAGACAUUACCCCAGGGUGCAGGAAUCUAAGACAGACGUUUUUCCACAAUUGCCUCACGUUGUAUGGACCAGAUGAUUCAAGUGGACCUAUUCUGCUCAUUUCCAGCCUCAUAUUUUUAUUCUUCGAGCACCAGAGUUGCUUUGCAUGAAUUACAAUCCAAAAUUACCGUCAUUUAUCUCGGUGCAGCCCCUCAGUUCACCCACUGUCUGAGAUGAGCCACUUCAGCUCCCUUUCCUGUGCCCCUCAGAGGGUUUGAACAGCAGACUGGUGGGAGUGCUGUGCUCACGACUAGAGCUGUGUGCCUGUGAUGACCAUAUUAUAGAGAUCGCCUCGUAUUUGAUAUGAACAGAUCAAAGAGUAGAAACAAAAAAAAAAAUAACAGAGCAAUUUGAAGUUAGUUUUUUUAAGGCCCACGUUUGAAAUAGGGAAGCGCAUAAUAGGUCCUCUUUAAUCAGUUAAUUUAGAUCAACAAUGAAAUUGUGGCCUUUCCUCUUACACUGUCAUAUACAAAGGCAAUUCAUUUACUUGUAUUAUAAUAAAGAUUAGCUGAAUUGGAGAAACUAAAACAACUAGUAUAAUCACACCUGAUCUAGUGCAUUCUGGGAGGUGAAACGUAUAAGUUGACUCAGGUCGUGUGGUUUUAUGGGCCUUAGCACAGCAUAGACACUAUGUUCUGGUGACUGGGAUCACAGCCUGACCGCUACACUGUGCAAUUCAACUCAAAGACAACCACAGGGAAACAAGCGACCCCCUGCUUUCUGACCGCCUCUCGCUGACCACACUAAUGUACUUUAAGGCAGGAGGAACAUCAAAGAAGACGCUAAUAAAAUACAGCCAGAGAUUAACAGGAAGAGGAAGAGGAGAAGGUAGAGAGAGAAAAAUAAAGGGGGAGAGUGGAGAGGGGUGAUUUAGAUAGAGCCUGUAAGUGUUGAAACCCAAGUCUUACUUUGUGUAGCUCUCUUUCUCUUUUUCAACCUGUGUUACAGUGUACCAGUAAUAUUGGAAGAGCUCCGGUGUGGGUUUUUUAGGGUUUUUUUUUUUUUUGCAUUUGUUUUAUUAUUUUUUUAAUUUUUUUAAAAGCACUGAAGCUUCCUUUCAUUCUGUGUAGAGAUCCUUUUCCUUUAAAAGUGUCACCCUCAGAUGUGAUAAUGAAAACACUCUUAUGUAUAAACAUAAAAAAAGGGUGCAAAACGCUAUUCCAUUUAUUGGUCUGUCGUCUUUUUUUCUACGCAGAUGAAUAAAGACUUCUAAAAGGAA